AUGUUUCCACCAAUAGUCCUCACCCCCUCUCCGAUGCGCGUUCUCGUGCAAACCCUAACCCAUCUCGUCCCCUCAGACAACCUCAUUGCAAAUGGCGAGCCGUACGGUGAUAAGGUUUUCUCCAUGCUGGACCGAACCUGUAACCAUGUCUGGGAUUAUCCCUUCGAGCCAGGCCUGCAACGCUGGUACUCCUACGGCGAUGACUUCGGGUACAACAACCGGGUGUGUUUCUUUUUAUUGGAUUAUGGGGACGCCCCGGAUGGGAAGGACGAGGAAGUGCCGAUUCAGUGCUUGACGUGGGAUGGAGAGAAGUUCAUUCAUAAGCCAGAUCUGCUCGAAAGCGAAGAUGUACAAGCCGAACUGAAGGACAUCCCAUUCACACCGGGCCCAUCCGACCGCGGGAAGAUACCGCCGAUGCGGGAUAUUGUCCGGAGAAGGCUGCGGAAAGCGCAAUUCUUGUCAAGACGUGAGCUGGAUUAUAUGGCAGAGCACCUGGAGGAUCAGGAUUGGUUGCAGAGAAAGUUGAAGCCGAGGUUUUGGGCGAAUUUCCUGGAGCAGAUGGAGAGGAGGGGAAAGCAGAAUGAGGAUGAGAGGGAAGGGAAGAAUUUUCUGGAGAAAGAAGAGGAGGAGGCCAAGAAGGGUGAAGAAGAUGAAGUUGAAGGACAGGUGCAGUCAGGAUAUGUAUGA